AUGCAUGUGGUCGACUAUCUAUCUCGCCGUCCGUACGGAGAUGGUCUUUGUGGCGUCUGGGAAACUGCCGGCCCCCUGUUCGACAUCCAGACCUUAGCCUCCGAAAGAUCAUCCGAAUCUCGCGUGCUCUUCUGGCUCUCCUCCUCCUCGUUCUUCUUCUCUCGCUUCUUCUCAAACGCUCGUGAACGCGCCGAAUCAAUGGCUGGUCCUUCUCCUACCCAUCUCUCACCCCGGACCGCCGGCAGUCCCAUCCUCCCGCCCAACUCGUCGCUCAAGCCGAGCCCUGUCAACGAGGACAGCAGCGCCGACGAGGCUACUGGGUUCAUAUCUCAUACGCCGCCUCUCAAUUACAACUCGCUCAAUGUUACAAGUACUGCGACCUCGGCCCCACAGAUUCGUAAACCAUCCUUGCGCCAACGACCAUCUUCCCAACAAAACAAUGGCGCUGCCCAGAACCCGGAGACGACUCGACAAGCCAAUUCGGAGAGUGGGAAUACGUCGUGGUGGCAAACACAGGCAGAGAAGUUUCAGUCGAUAGAGCUGGAGAACAAAGGCAGCGUUGCCCGAGAUCACCUCGCCAUUGAACGAACAUUUUUGGCAUGGCUACGCACAUCUCUCAGUUUUGCAUCCAUAGGGAUAGCAGUGACACAGCUUUUUCGUCUCAACACGUCUCUCGAAAGCGAGCAUGGCAAUAACUCUCAGAGCAACACCCAGACGCUACGACAUAUGGGCAAGCCGCUUGGCACCACGUUCCUCGGGAUCAGUAUACUGAUCCUCUUCCUUGGCUACAAGCGCUAUUUUCAAUCUCAGCACUGGGUCAUGCAGGGAAAGUUUCCCGCUAGUCGUGGUACAAUCAUGAUUGUUGCGUUUGUCGCUUUGGCCAUCAUGGUUGUUUCUCUUGUGGUCGUCAUUGCUAUCCACCCGUCUGAGCAUGAGCUAUGA